AUGUCCGGCUCAAUUAGUGAGGUCGAGGCACAACCCGUCCAGCCAACCGCGGCAUCUACGGCAGACGCCCCAUCAACAUCAGCCGACAUCGAAGUUAACAACGAAGUAAUAGUGAUUAGGAACGAUGCCUCGACCAUGGAUGAUCGCAUGUCUUCUUAUACUGCCUCUCUGUCUUCAUCAAUGGUGGACUAUCCGACUGAAUAUGGUCGAACGUAUCACGCGUUUCGAGCUGGCUCCUAUAAUUCUCCAAAUGACGAGGCACCGGGACCGGUAGUUGGAUGCUUCUAUGUGACCCCAAUGCUCGUGAACGAGACUGAUAAUGUCAUUGUAGGGGCAACCGAGAUGGGAGAUUUCUUCCCUAAUGCCGAGGUAACCGGAAUUGAUUUGAGUCCCAUUCAGCCGUCUUGGGUACCUCCAAACGUCAAGUUCGAGGUCGACGACGUCGAAAGCCCCUAG